UGAUGCGACUGUGUCAUAGGUCGCAGGCCUUGGAUACCCAGACCACAGCGUACUACAUGGCUGUCAUCGGCUCUACCUUGUUGGCGGAUAAGACCAGGACUGGCAUGCGACCUCACCCGAUAGUUGUCGUCAACGACGAUGAACAGGACGUGGCCUGGGGUGCGGUGACCUUGGCGUUCUUGUACAGGCAGCUCGGAAUGGCAUCUAGGGCUGGUUGCAAGACCAUUGCUGGAUGCCUCACAUUGCUCCAGACAUGGAUCUAUGAGUACUUCCCCGCUUUCCGCCCUCAUCCUCGCCGAGAUGAUGUGCCAAACAUGACUAGGGCGGAGAUGUGGACGCUGAAGAAAGUAGGUCGUGAGCUGGACAGGUUGAUGGAGUUCCGCAAGGUUCUGGACUCAAUGACAGAGACUCAGGUUGAAUGGACUCCCUACAAUUUUUCUGCUGCUACGUUGCUGAAUGAGCACCCACGCACCACAGUCAUCGGGGCUAUCACCUGCUUUGAUGUUGUGGAGGUGUAUUUGCCAGAGCGGGCAUUGCGACAGAUUGGGUUCGUGCAGUCUAUUCCUCCAGCUCCUAUUAGACCAGCCAAGGCUCUUCGACCGGCACACGGAACCUACUCCGUGACCUUUCCUUCUUCUGCUGCUGCAUUUGUGGAGGCAUGGAGUAGGUUCCCCUACAGUGCCCGCCUUGUAGAGCAGGGACUUCGACGGGCUACUGUUCCUUCAGAGACUGAACCUAAUUACGUUGAAUGGUUUAGAGUGUGCUCGCACCCGUACAUAUCCCGAGACGAAUUGCUGGCUUUCGGUCCUGGUCCUGGUCAGAGCAGAUCUGAUUACUUCGCGAAAGAAUGGGCCAGUCGAUUCGCUCCAGUGGCAAGACUACCUACGCGGAUUGCGGAUUUGAACUCCCGUCAACGACAUGCUUUAGAAAUAUACCUUAAUGAUUGUAGAGAUUUAUUUGAUGAAUGGCAAAUUGAUCAAGGGCAAGGCCCUGAAUAGUCUGUACUGAAACUAUUUUACAUUAUUUAUUGCAUUUAUUU